AUGGCAACCCAGCGCGGAACCACCGGCUACAUCGAGACCUUCGACCUCGCAAAUCCAGAGGGCUGGGAGUCCUACGCGGAACGGGUUGAGUUCUACCUUAGGGCCAACAAGGUCACUGACGCUAGCAUGAAGAGGGACGUUCUCCUGAGCGUCUGCGGCCCGGCCACGUUCAAGAUCGCCAAGGGUCUCUCGGCUCCCGACCGCCUAACGGAGAAGUCCUACGAGGACAUCAUCAGGCUCCUCACCGGCCAUUUCUCGCCCCAGCCUUCACGGGUGGCCCGCAGGUUCCUGUUCCACAGAAGGGACCAGGCUGCAGGGGAAUCGGCAGCUGACUACUUGGCGGCCCUCCGCAAAAUCGCCGGGAACUGCAACUUCCCCCAGCUGGAAGACACCCUGGCCGACCGAUUCACGUGGGGUCUCCGCGACGAGAGGCUCCAGCAGAAGCUCUUCGCCAAAGAAGAGCUCACCCUCCAGAGCGCCUUCAGCGAGGGGUGCCUGCUAUGGGGGAGCCGGGUGGUGGUCCCCUUCCCCCUCUACAGAAACGUCCUGGAAUCACUCCAUGAAACACACCCGGGCAUAGUGAGAAUGAAGGCCCUAGCCAGGAGCUAUGUGUGGUGGCCGGGAAUGGACGGGGAGAUAGAAAAAUGGGUCCAACGGUGCAGUGCGUGCCAGGAGUCGCGGCCGGACCCACCCAGCGCCCCGGCUACACGGUGGGAGACGACAAGGAAACCUUGGUCCCGGCUCCACAUAGACUUCGCGGGGCCAUUCCAGGGGCAGAUCUUUAUAAUCAUUGUAGACGCAUACACAAAAUGGUUAGAGGUCAUCCCCGUGGGGUCCACCUCCUCCGCAGCGGCAAUUAGAGCACUGCGCAGGGUCCUGUGCACCCACGGCAUCCCGGACACCAUGGUCUCAGAUAACGGGGCAGCAUUCACCUCGGGGGAAUUCCAGGCGUUCCUCCAAAGACUAGCCGCGUUCCUCUUCGACAACCGGGUCAUCCCAAACCCAGUCACCGGGGUCAGCCCAGCCGAGCUCCUCAUGGGACGCAAGCUCACCACAAGGCUGGACCGACUGCACCCCGACCGAGCCUCCGACAUGCGAGGAUCCCCGGAGGUCAGAGACGCGGCUAGGGGGUUCUUCGCGGGGGACCCAGUGUUCGCCCGCAACUAUGCUUCGGGACCAGAGUGGGUAGCCGGGCGGGUACUACGGGUCGUGGGGUCCCGCCACUACGAGGUAUCCACCGAGGGGGGACAGAUCCUACGCCGGCACAUCGACCAGAUGCGCCGCCGGACCCUACCAGAGGUACCCAUGGAGACGAGGGAAGUGGCGGGGUCCGAGGAGCCACCAACAACCCCUGCGCAAGCACCAAGCCCACACCCGCAAGCAGAGGGGAACCAACCCCCAGAAACAGACCCACAGCCCACCGACGCUCAGGCCCCCGGAGGGACCCCGGAAACCGAAGCCGCCCCGGCACCGGUGGGCCAGCUGAGCCUGAAUCACCGCUGGAACCGGACCAGGAGGAGGACCCUGAGGAAGGCCCGUCGGGUGCGGCAUCGGGCGGCAGCGCAUCUGGUAGCAGUGGGCAGCAGACCCCUGGUGGCGCUGGUGUCUUCCCGGGUGAGCCCCUUCUUCAGCCAAGUCAAGGGUGGCCGUGGGGCCCCAUUCAACUUCCUCCCCCGACGGCACCGGGUGGGGCAGUUUGGGGUGUCGGGCAGCCAGGAGUUAGCGAGCAGUUGGGUCCUGUUCAGCCGUGGGCUUGGGGUUUUCAUACAACAAGCCCGCUGCCCAGUACGGUCUUUGCUCCAGUUGGCCAGCUAUUGCGCCGCCUGCUGUUUCUACACCUCCGUCCACCCCUGGUAUUUUGCCGUGGGGCGGCCAGCAGUUUGCUCAGCUUCAGGGGGCUUGGCCGGUGGCUCAGGGUAG